AUGAGGUUCCUCUCGCUUCAUGGAUGGCUCUCAGCGGCCUUUUACGUCUCUGGAAUAUGUGGCUUGAUUAUCUUUGAGGAUACGGUAGAAAUCGACCCGCCCAACUUGGAGAUCGGGGAUCUCAUUAUACAGAAGGACGUCUACUACUCAAUUGUUAACAAUCUACUCACUGCUCUUGGAGGAAAUUUAUACAAUGAAGGUGAAUUUUUUGUGACUUCGACAAAUCAAUUAGCUUCGUCUGUAUCGAUCACGUCUGGAACCAUCUUUAACAAAGGAAAGCUUGCCUUUAACUCUCUCAACUCCAAAAUCGCUAGUAACUUUAGGUUGAGCUCAAUUGGCGAUUUCACCAAUUCUGGAUUCAUGUGGUUUGGAAUCGGUUCCCACUCAGUUUUACUGCCAGUCACGCUCGGAUCGGUUACGAACUGGGAAAAUACUGGAGACAUCUUUAUUCGUCAGUCUGAAGGAGAGCCUUCUUCUAUCACAAUCUCACAGCUAGCCGGCUCUAUCAAAAACCGGGGUGCAAUUUGCUUGGAAAAUGUUGAAUGGAUACAGACCACAAGUAUUGAAGGAACUGGCUGUGUAUCUGUAUUGGAAGGUGCUACACUCCAGCUUCAAACUAGUCCUUGGAGUGUCGAUCCUGAACAGACAAUUAACCUUGGUUCUUCCACAUCUAAGUUGUCCGUUUUGGGUUUAUCCGAAGGUAUCACUGGUACGAAGACUUACCAGGUUAGAGGAUUUGGAGGUGGUAACGAGAUCGGCGUCAACUUGGGAUUCACAAACCAUAAUUAUGACGGAGAAGUCUUGACCCUUUCGUUUUUUGGCGGCUUGUUCAAGUUAGGUUUCAACAUUGGUAAGGGCUAUGACAAAAACGGUUUCUACACCAACGGUGUUCUUGGAGCUGGAACCAAAAUCUUCCAUAAGGGUGAAAGACCUUCCAACAUUCCUUCUGUUUGUCUGUGUGGCAACUUUCCCGUUCCUUCAACUGUGGCCUUGCCUUCUUCGACUAUUGAGAGUGCUAGCACAAUAUUUACGUCCGAGGAGGUCCUGACAGACAUUGAAUCGUCAAAAGACUCAGUUUCAGAACCAGCUACCCUGGAACACACUUGGUCCAAGACUUCUAAAUCCACGACCGAGACGAAGUCCUGGGACCAUUCUGAGGAAGUUUCUGAAACUUCAGAAAAGCUUUCUUCCAAAACGUGGCCAGAGAAGCCUUCAGAUUCGUUGACUUGGGACCAUUCUCAUAUCACUUCUCCCACUUUGACCGAAUACACCACGACAUGGACUACCGAAGAUGGUCAUGGCAAACCAACCACAGGUUCAGGAAUCGUAGUGGUUACAACGGAUUCCGAAGGUAUCGUUACCACAUCCACUUCCGUGAUCUGGGCCUCGGAAACUGAAAAGCCGUCAGAAACUGAAAAGCCGUCAGAAACUGAAAAACCCUCAGAAACUGAAAAACCCUCAGAGACUGAAAAGCCCUCAGAAACUGAAAAACCCUCAGAAACUGAAAAACCCUCAAAGUCCUGGACUUCGAAAACCACAAAGACCAAGCCAGAAUUCUCCUCAACCGUUGAAGAAUCAAGUAGCGACCACGAAAGGCCCUCUAAGACUUGGCCAGACCAUUCUACUACAAAAUCGUCAGAAACGCAUCCUGACUGGUCCUCAAAGCCUUGGCCUGAUUUCUCCAGUUCAAAGGCGUCAAAGUCGCUCCCAGAUAUUUCCUUGACUUCAGACUGCUCUGAGACAGACGAUGUUUCAUGGACAUCAAAGACCACGGAUAAGUGGCCUGACCCCUCGUCCAAGACUACAAAGACAAAGCCAGACUUCUCAUCGGAUUUCUCAGAUUCGUGGUCUGACUAUCCGUGGACCUCAAAGUCGUCCAAGACAUGGCACGAAAAGUCUUCGACAGAGACCUCAAAGACCUCCAAACCUUCGAAAACAUGGCCAGAGCUUUCUUCCACCUUUGAUCCUUCAGAGCCGCAUCCAGAUGUUUCGUCAACUUCCAAGUCCUCAAAGUCUGACCCUGGUGUGUCGUUGACCUCGGAUGUUUCAGAACCAUGGCCCGACCACUCUUCAGCAUCGAAGCCUACGAAGCCAGUGCCAGGCUUUUCUUCAACCUCUGAUUGUUCUGAUACUCUUCCAGAAUGGUCUUCUUCAAAGCCUUCGAAACCUUCAGAAACUUGGCCAGAUGUCUCGUCCACAUGGGAGCCCUCCAACCCAUGGCCUGACCAUUCUUCUACCUCGAGGUCCUCAAAGACAAAACCUGAUUAUUCCUCGACAUCAGAUUGCUCCGAUUCAGUCACAUUCUGGUCUUCUUCCUCGAAACAUCCAAAACCCUCGAAACCUAUCCCAGAUGUAUCGUCUACUUCCGAGUGUUCUGAUGCCUCGGAAGCUGUUUCAUCAAAAACAUGGCCAGACUUGUCUUCAACGUCGAAACACUCCAAACCAUGGCCUGACGUCUCGCUGACUUCUGAACAUUCCAAGACUCAUCCCGAUGUAUCUUCGAAACCAUCCAAGACGUUCCCUGAUGUUUCAUCAACUUCCGACUGCUCCACGACGGUUCCUGAUUUUUCAUCCUCCAAGUCUUCAAAACCAGUUCCUGACGUCUCCUCGAGCUCUAAGCCUUCUAAAUCAUGGGUCCAUCCUGAUGCCUCAUCGACUUCCGAGUCCAACAGCUACCCUGGUGUCUCUUCUACAAAAGACACAACCAUUAUUUCUGGCACAUCGUCAUGGCCUGAGUGUACAUCGUUGACAACCUUCACCACCACAUGGACCAUCACCGAUGAAAACGGAGAAUGUAUAACCGAUAGUGGAGUCGUGGUAAUCAGCUGUGACAAGGGGACUUUGACAACAUCCACUUCUACUUGUGUUGGAUGGACAACUGACGAUGUCUCUUCAUCAAUGGUGACAUCAGACAGCCUGAGCAAGAUUCACCCUUCAUGUACUGACUCUGUUUGUGAGUGGAGCUCUGUUGAACCCUCAUCCAGGUCUGUGGAAUCUGGAGACGUUUCGUGGACUUCUUCAAUUCCAACAUCCACUACGUUGGAGUGUUCUUCAGAGUCCUGUUCGACGACAUCACCAGUCUCCUUGACCACUAGCUGUGACGAAAUUGUGUGUGUUACUUCCUACACCACGAUCUGUACGACUACAGAUCUGGAAGGAUGUGAAACGACACACUCAGAUGUGGUUAUUGUGACUUCAGACGAGAACGGUGCUGUUACAACGACAAUUCCAGUUGCAACGACCACCAAGGAAGUCACCAGAACCACCACGGUUUGUUCGGAAGAAGUGUGUUCGACCUUGACUGAAACAACCACUUUGACGGAUUGUACUGGUACAGUCUGCUAUAUUUCUGAAACCGACAAGGUGGUUACUCUGACUAUUUGUGAAACAACUGAGCCCGUCACUUACACCACUACGGUCUGUGAAACUGACGCUGAGGGCUCUGUCGCUACCCAUACUGUUGUAAUUUGUGAAACAACGGAUGCCGAAGGUGAAACACACUUAUCGACAAUCCAGGAGAUUGAAGUUAAGCCGGUCCAUACUGUGAAACCAGAACAUCCAGUAGGCCAUGUUCCUCACACUGUCGCUGGCGAAGCAACCAGAAUCGUUGAUGACCAUUUUGCAUCUGCUGAUGCUCAUUCCAGUGCAGUUUUGGAAGUCAAGCCAAUAGCCACCCUGGUUGAGGAAGCCGCUCCAAAUGAAAUUGGCACUAUUCAAACAGUUGCUGGUGUUUCAGUGACUGCAGAGCAAAUUCAUCAGACAGAUGCUGGCCAUGGCUCAACUGAUGUUCCUCAUUCUGACAUAACCGCAGAUAUUGAGUCUAUCUACGUUUCCAGCGAGAUCACACCCAAGAGCAUGUCGACGUUCGAAGGCUCUGGAGCCGUUUUCCGUCUUGGAUUGCUUACACUGGCCCUGUAUCUCUCAGCAGUAUGGGGCUUGACGAUCUCCAAGAAUACUGAUGUUGUCAAUCAGGGCAAUCUUGAGAUCAGCGAUCUUACAAUUAAUGAAGACGUUGACUACACGAUCGAGAACAGUUUGGUCACGAAAAUCAACGGCGAAUUAAACAAUCUUGGUAACUUCAUUGUGAAGUCCACCAACCAGCUGCCUGCUUCAGUCAACAUCUAUGGUAGCAGCCUCAAGAACAGCGGUAUUCUUUACUUCGAUACAUUUGACUCCACGACGCCAAGUUCCUACUCCUUCUAUACUGAGGAAUUUGAAAACACGGGUUUCAUGUGGAUUGGUACGAGUUCCUAUUCUAAUUCUCCUCAUGUGAUUCUUGUUGGUGAAAACAAGUGGAAAAACGAUGGUAACAUCUACAUUCGCCAGGCGGAAGGAGGAGCUUCUGCGAUUCUUAUCUCGCAAAGAAAUGGACCACUUGUCAAUAACGGUGGUAUCUGUUUGGAAAACGUGAACUGGAGACAGGCUUCCAGUAUCCGUGGUACCGGAUGUAUUUCUGUCAUGGAGGAUGCCCACUUCCGUUACUCGUUGAAGAUGACCUCGACCGACAAAAGCCAGGUUCUUUACCUUGCAACUCCAUCGUCGAAAAUCUCCUUCAAUGACUUGAGUGCUGAAAUGUACUCUAGUUCAGACAUUACUGUCGUUGGUUUUGGCGGAGGAAACGAAAUCGGCUUUGAUGCAGAAAUCACAGGUAUAGAGUAUCAAGAUGGAGUGUUGAAGAUCGUCUUUUUCGAAGGCCACCCCCAGAUCAGGCUUCAUAUUGGUGAAGGCUACGACAUGUCUCGUUUGGUGAACAAGGGUUACUCUAUUUCCUACAACGGACAGUCUUCCGGCAAGAUCCCAGCACAGUGUCUUUGUAUGGACUUUCCCGGUAAGCUUGAUGAAAUCAGACCCACCCCAUCGUUUACUUUGACCGAGUACACUUCGACCUGGACUUCCACAAAUGGCCAAGGCUCGCUUGAAACUGAUUCUGGUGUGGUUCUUGUGACUACCGAUUCUGCUACGCAUUUGACUACUACCACAUCCACCUUCCCACGUCCAUGGACCACCUACACCAAAACGUGGAUUUCUGAAAACAGCCAGCGUGAGGAUGAGACCGACUCCGGUAUUGUGGUUGUUACUCCUGGUGAUAAUGGACAGCCCACCACUACAACCUCGACGUUUCCUCGUCCUUGGACGACUUACACCAAAACGUGGAUUUCAGAAAACAAUCAAGGCGGUGAUGAGACUGAUUCUGGAGUUGUGGUGGUGACCCCCGAUGGCCAUGGACAGCCUACUACGACAACUUCCACCUUUCCUCGUCCAUGGACAACUUAUACCACCACUUGGACUGACGGAAGCCUGGAGACCGAUUCUGGUAUAGUUGUUGUGACUCCAGAUGGCGAUGGAUUGGUUUCGACUACUACUUCUACAUUUCCUCGUCCUUGGACUACUUACACUACAACAUGGAGUUCUGAGGAUGGAAAAGAGACUGACUCUGGUGUUGUCAUUGUGACUCCUGGCAGUGAAGGUGAAGCAACCACUACCACUUCCACAUUUCCUCGUCCCUGGACCACCUAUACCAAGACCUGGAUUUCAGAGAACAGCCAGGGUAGCGAUGAGAUGGAUUCUGGUAUUGUUGUCGUGACACCUGAUGCUGAUGGUGCCCCUUCUACUACAACAUCGACAUUUCCUCGUCCUUGGACUACUUAUACCACAACCUGGACCGACAACGAAGAGACAGACUCUGGUGUUGUGAUUGUCACUGCUGAAGAAGGUUCUUUGACUACCACCACUUCGACGUUCCCUCGUCCAUGGACAACCUACACUUCAACAUGGACGGAGAAUGACGAGACCGAUUCUGGAAUUGUGGUUGUUACUCCAGCUGAGGACGGAUCGGUGUCAACCACUACUUCGACGUUCCCUCGUCCUUGGACUACCUACACCAAAACAUGGAUUUCUGAAAACAGCGAUCGUCAAGACGAGACCGACUCUGGUAUCGUUGUAGUGACUCCUGAUGCUGAUGGAAUGCCCACUACCACCACUUCAACUUUUCCACGUCCAUGGACCACUUACACUUCAACCUGGAUAUCGGAAAACAGUCAAGGUAGCGAGGAAACCGAUUCGGGAAUUAUCGUUGUGACUCCUGAUGUCGAUGGAACCCCAUCUACUACAACCUCCACUUUUCCACGUCCUUGGACCACCUAUACAACCACCUGGACAGACAACGGUGAACAGGAAUCUGGAGUUGUGGUUGUUACGGCUGAAGAUGGUGUAGUGACUACUACCACAUCCACUUUCCCCAACCCAUGGACCACUUAUACGACUACUUGGACUGACGAGAGCCUGGAGACCGAUUCUGGCGUGGUCAUUGUGACUCCAGACGAGGAUGGUUCAGCUACAACCACCACUUCCACUUUCCCUCGUCCAUGGACGACUUAUACGACCACAUGGACCACUCUGGAUGCCGAGGGAUCUUCUUCGACUGAAUCUGGUGUUGUUAUCGUGACUCCUGACGAAGAAGGCGCUGUGAGUACGACGACUUCGACGAUUCCUCCACCAUGGACCACCUAUACUUCGACAUGGACUUCUACUGAUUCUGAGGGAUCUUCUUCAACUGAGUCUGGAGUCAUUAUUGUUACCCAUGACGACGAGGGUUCUGUUACCACGACUACUUCUGUUAUCCCGGCUCCAUGGACCACUUAUACAUCCACCUGGACAUCCACUGAUUCUGAAGGUUCCUCCUCAACCGAAUCUGGAGUUAUCAUUGUCACCCACGAUGAGGAAGGGUCGCUUACAACAACCACCUCUGUGAUCCCUGCUCCUUGGACUACUUAUACAUCUACAUGGACUUCGACAGACUCAGAUGGUGCUUCUUCGACUGAAUCUGGAAUUGUGAUUGUCACCCAUGAUGACCAGGGUUCUGUUACCACAACCACAUCAACCAUUCCUCCUCCAUGGACGACUUACACAUCAACUUGGACAGCUACUGAUUCUGAAGGUGCUUCUUCAACCGAAUCCGGGGUUAUCAUCGUUACCCACGACGAUGAGGGAUCUGUGACUACCACCACUUUGACUAUUCCAGCUCCUUGGACCACUUACACCUCCACGUGGACCUCGUCCAAUUCAGAUGGCUCUGACUCGACUGAUUCAGGAGUGAUCAUCGUUACACAUGAUGAUGAUGGUUCUGUUACUACGACUACUUCCGUGAUUCCUCCACCCUGGACAACCUACACCUCCACCUGGACUUCUUCCAAUUCCGAGGAGACUUCAACCGAAUCUGGAGUCAUCAUUGUCACUCAUGACGAAGAGGGAUCCCUCACUACCACAACUUCAUUGAUUCCAGCUCCUUGGACGACGUACACUUCGACAUGGACUUCCACCGGUUCUGAUGGUGCUUCUUCAACGGAGUCUGGAGUAAUUAUCGUUACCCACGAUGACGAGGGAUCCGUGACUACGACUACCUCAACCAUUCCUCCACCAUGGACGACUUACACAUCCACAUGGACUUCGACAGACUCUGAGGGAUCUUCUUCAACCGAAUCAGGAAUUAUUAUCGUCACCCAUGAUGACGAAGGAUCUGUUACCACCACUACUUCAUUGAUCCCUGCUCCCUGGACCACUUACACCACUACAUGGACUUGCACUGGAAGCGAUGGAGCCGAAGAAACCGGCUCUGGAGUGGUUGUCGUGACUGCUGAUGAGGAAAACCUGGUAACCACAACCACCUCCACUUUCCCUAGACCAUGGACGACUUACACCACCACCUGGACCACAGCCCAAUCUGACGGAUCUGAAGCCACCGAGUCAGGCGUGGUUAUUGUUACUCAUGACAUCGAGGGAUCCACCACUACCGUUACUUCUGUGAUUCCAUGCCCAUUGACGACCUACACUACUACAUGGACUUCUGGUGAAGAAAGCCCAGAAACCGACUCUGGAGUGGUUAUCAUUGCCACAGACAGCGAAGGCUCAUUGACUACUACAACUUCCGCUUUCCCACGUCUAUGGACCACCUACACCACUACGUGGACCAGCGACUCAGUUGAAUCUGGAGUUGUGGUUGUGACUACCGACAAUGAGGGUUCCUUGACCACCACUACCUCUGUGAUUCCUGCUCCUUGGACUACCUACACCACGACUUGGAGCUCUGUGGGUGAGGCUGGAAACCAGGAGACUGACUCUGGAGUUGUGGUUGUGACUGCUGACGAUGAAGGUUCUGUGACGACUACCACAUCCACGAUUCCUCGUCCAUGGACUACCUACACCUCUACAUGGACUUCUGCUGUUUCUGGAGCUUCUGAGACGACUGAGUCUGGUAUCAUCAUUGUUACUACUGAUGAGGACGGGCUUUUGACUACCACCACAUCCACCAUUCCAGCUCCCUGGACCACGUACACCACCACAUGGGUUUCAGCCUCGGAGACGGAGUCUGGCGUUGUUGUUGUUACUACUGACGAUGCUGGUUCUCUUACUACCACAACCUCGGUUAUUCCACCACCGUUCACCACCUACACCACCACAUGGGCUUCUGAGGAAAACGGACAUGAGGCUACGAGAUCUGGAGUGGUUGUCGUUACCACCGAUUCUAAAGGUGACGUUACCACAACCACCUCUGUCAUUCCUGAGCCAUGGACUACCUACACAUCCACAUGGACCAGUGUUGAGUCUGACGGUGCUGCUAAUACCGAUUCUGGUGUGAUCAUUGUUACUUCUGAUGAGGAUGGUUCGAUCACUACCACGACCUCCACUUUCCCUAGACCCUGGACUACCUAUACUACUACUUGGGUCACAGAGGAGGAUGGAGCUGCUGCUACCGAUAGUGGAGUUGUCAUUGUCACAGAGACUGAGGGUGAAGUUACAACUACCACUUCUGUGUUCCCUCGUCCAUGGACGACCUACACUUCUACUUGGACCACCUCUGUUUCCGACGGUUCUGAGUCUACUGAGUCUGGUGUUAUAAUCGUUACUGCUGAUGAAGAGGGUUCAAUUACCACUACAACUUCUUUGAUUCCUGCCCCAUGGACCACUUACACCACUACAUGGACUGACGAUGGUGAAGUCAAUUCUGGUGUUGUCGUUGUUACUUCAGACGAUGGAGGUGCUUUGACCACCACCACAUCGACGAUUUCUCCUCCUUGGACUACUUACACUUCGACAUGGACUGGUGUCAACGAGGAUAACGAAACCGAGACCGCCUCUGGUGUGAUUAUUGUUACUUCCGAUGAUGAGGGUUCUGUGACUACAACUACUUCUACUUUUGUCACUUCAUCAUCAGUCGCUGCCGUUGAGAGUUCUUCCGUGGUUGUUUCGGAAUCCUCGUUGGAGACUUCUUCUUUGGUUGAGACUUCUUCCUUGGUUGAGUCUUCUUCCUUGGUUGUUUCAGAAUCCUCUUUGGAGGCCUCCUCUGUCAUUGAGUCUUCCUCCUUGGUUGUUUCUGAGUCUUCUUCCUUGGUUGUUUCAGAAUCUUCUUUGGAGGCCUCAACGGAGUUUGUUUCGGAAUCCUCCUCAGCACUUGAAUCACAAACACCUGUGUCCUCCUGGGCAUCAGAAACAGCGGUUUCAUCUUGGUCUGAUGAAGAAAGUGAAGUCUCCUCCACCUACUCUGCUAGUGAGGUGAUUUCUGAGGUGAUGGUCUCCUCCACCUAUUCUGCCGAAAGUGAAAUGACUUCGGUUUCCGAAGAGAUCUCCUCAUCUUCCACCGACUCCGAAUCUGAAAUCAUCCCAGAGGCUUCUUCCGUUUUGGUGCCAUCCGCAUCUUUUGUUUCUUGGACUAACUCAACAUAUGUCUCAUCAAAGCUGGAGCCUUCUUCUGCCGAGAUCUCCUGGACUCCAAGCUUCAGCUCUCCUGACGUUUCCUUGGUAACAGAGUCAGCUGCUGCUUCCAUCUCAGAGUCAGCACAGGCUUCUUCUAGCUCUGCUGCUACUGGUGGCUCUUCCAUCUUGGUUUCCGACUCAGCUGAGUCAUCUACUGUUGCCGAGGCAUCUGCAUCUUCAGAAGAAUGGUCCAUCCCUGAAAGCUCUUCAACUCCUGAAGAGGAUGUCACCAUUACUGUCAGCAAGGAGCUUACGAUCACCUCCAAGGUGUCUUUCCCUUCAGCCUCCGGUUCUGCUUCGGAAUCCAGCUCAACUGAAAUUUCUGUUGAAAAGCCCCAAUCAGAUGUGCUUACGACCUCUUCAGUUGGAGAGGGAAUUUCUGAGGAAUCUGCACCUGCUGAACCCGAUGUAGAGUCUUCGUCAUUUGGGGAAUUGACUUCUACUGACGGUUCCGUGGCUUCUUCAGAUUCUGGUGUUUCUGCUGAAACCACCUUCACCACUGACUAUGUCACCGAUGCUUCGGGCAAUGUGUCCACCAUAUCUGCUGCUGCAAUUGGCACAAUGGAAUCUAGUUCUCCUUCGCAACAGCCAACCACCCAAAAUGGUGACUCUGAGCAAUCCUCUACUUUGAAGCCUACCCAAAGCCGUGCUUCUUCAACUAUCGACGUUCCAGCACAAACUGGCGAAGCUGGUAUACCAGAGGAGACCCCAAUUGAUAAUGCAGUUUCUGAAACCAGAAAGGCCGACAUUUCCCUGGCUGCUAUACCCCUGGCUUCCGCUUCCGGCGUUGUUUCUGAAAAUAUCACUCUCGCUGCUGAAUCCACUCUGGCUCCACAACCUCAUGCCACUUCUGGCAUCGAAUCAAUUUACAUUUCUGGUGAUUCCUCACCAAAAGCCGUCUCUACCUACGAGGCUGCCGGUUCUUACGUUCGUUUUGGCGCACAGUGGGUCCUUCCACUUGCGAUCCUCGCCAUUUGA